AUAGAAUUGUUCUCAUCUGGUUGAUUACUGCGAAAAGUGUGUGAAAAUUAUGCGAAGUAUCCUCUUGUUUCUACUAAUCGGUGGUGACAUUUAUAAUGUUCACAUAAACAGUAUUCCGUUGAACAAAAAUGGACUCCCACAGGUUCCACUUUUGCCUCGAACACUUCCUCCAUCCGGACAAUCCCCAGAUUUCGCACCACCCCCGUCAUUCGGACAACUCCCACAAUUUGGAUCACCUCCGUCAUUUGGACAACCUCCACAAUUUGAACCACCGCCAUCAUUCGGACAACCUCCACAAUAUGGACCACCUCCAUCAUUCGCACAACCUCCACAAUUUGGACCACCUCCAUCAUUCGGACAACCUCCACAAUUUGGACCACCUCCAUCAUUCGGACAACCUCCACAAUUCGGUACACCGCGAUCAUUCGGACAAACCCCACAAUUCGGACCACCUACAUCAUUCGGACAACCUCCACAAUUUGGACCACCUCCACCAUUCCCACAACCUGCAUAA